UCCCUCACUUCUAGAACAAUUUCGGCUCUUCUUUCCAUUCGUUCUCGCUCGAUCCCAAAAAGUACUAUUUGGCCUUCUGAUGCAAUACCUGGCGGAGGAAUAAACUCGCUGUGGGGAGAAGGACGGCGGAGCUUCGCCUCGUUGCUUGGAUACGAACGUGGUAGCUGGGAAGGGGGUGGGGGGGUCGAGCGCAGCCGCAGAUCCUUCUCCUGAGUUAAGACGCGCUUUUCACCUCCGGCGGACAUGUUGGCUCAAGAGGCGCGGCGCGGCGCAGUUGCCACAGACCGACGCUUCCUGCCGGAGCCGGAAUGUCGCACGGUUUCUCCGCUCUGACGCUCGUCGGCAGCCUCUCGUCCGGCGCCAUUUCUGUCCGGCGUCCAUGAUACGUGACGCUGCUGCGGCGGAUUCCGGAGCCCCAGCUCGGAACGGCAGCGGGACAGAAGUGACCGCUCCCCCCUCCUGCUCCCUCUCUACUUCAGCUGACGGCAGGUUUUGCCGGUGAAGUAAGACGCAGCUCCAAAAUGGACCUCUCUGAGUGAGAUGCAAACACAACUUGUGUUUUACAGAAAAGCUGAUCUCUUUUAUCAGCAUAAGCCAUGCCUGAUGAGUAAAGUCUCCAUUUGCUACAAGCAAUAAAAAAAAAAAAAGCAAAAAAAAUCCCACAUGCCUCCCCAUGUAGAGCCACUUCAGUGUGUCCUGCUGGAGUGAUCCUGCCCUUCCUUUCCAAAUAGGUUCUUCCUUGUCCUCUUCCCACAUUCUUCCUCACUGACCCGAAUAUAGUAACUACCUGUCAUAAUGCCACUUCACCUGAAAAUGGCCAACACCUGAGGUCUCAUGCGUCCAGUGAGCACCGAUUCAGACGGUCCUGCUCCUCCUGAAAACCUCUCUUGCCCCUACCCAACAGUGGGCCCCCUGUCUUCCUCAGAGAUGUCCCUGCUCCAGUCCUUGGGUCCAGUGCAAAGCUGGCUUGGCCAGGAGCUGGAGAAGUGCGGGAUUGAUGCUAUGAUUUACACCCGUUAUGUCCUCAGCCUUCUCCUGCAUGACAGUUAUGAUUAUGACCUACAGGACCAGGAAAAUGACAUCUUCUUGGGUUGGGAAAGGGGAACUGGGAAGAAAUGGGGCAAGAAUAAGAAGAAAGGAGGGACAGACCUAAGUCUAGAGGAAAUGAAGAAGCAAGCCGCUGUGCAAUGCCUGCGUUCUGCAUCUGAUGAAAACUCUGGAAUUGAGAGUCUGGUUGAGGAGCUCUGCUCCAAACUCAAGGACAUCCAAAACAAGCAGAAAGAAGAAAAACAGAUAAGGAGAAAAUCUGAUGGUUCUCAGUCUCCAGAACGAGCCGAGUCCCCCUCUUCAAAGGAUCAGGUGGAAAUGUAUUAUGAAGCUUUUCCUCCUUUGUCUGAGAAACCUGUUUGUCUCCAAGAGAUCAUGACGGUGUGGAACAAGGCUAAGGCCUGUCCAUACUCUAGUUCAUCCUCCUCUGCAGCUCCACAGACCAGCACAGACACAUCCUCCCCGAAAGAUUGCAACAGUGAGGGUGAGAUAGCGAAGGAGAGGAACCUCGAGGCAAGUGGUUCAACCACUGUGGCAGCCAAUGAAAGAGCUCAGCAACGACGAAGUAAGAAGGAGAAAGAAAACCGGUACCAUGCUGGUGCAACAGGGGAAGAGAGGUCUACUAUACAUUCAAAAAGACAGACGAGGCACAGAUCCGAGGGCAAGUAUCGUCCCCGCUCCUGGUCUUCUGGUUCCAGUGAGGCGGGCUCAUGCGGGAACCUAGGUGACUCAAAAUCGUCAAGCAGUAAGGUCGUUAGAAUCAGGCACAAGUCCAGGGAGGCAGGAAAGAGUAAGAGAGGGCGUAACAGCGGGCAGGUGAAGCUUGCUCUAAAGGUCAUUGACAAAGAGGAGCGAAGGAAUACAGGAGGAAGCAGCAGUAGUGCCGCCGGAGGCCCUGCCAAACAACCACAGAUUUACAAAAAGGGGAAGAGGCCGUUGAAAGAAAUUCGUAAAGAUCCAGGCUGGGUGGAAGCCAAAGAGCCCGGAGUUGAGGUCAGAAACAAAAAUGAGUAUAUGGAGGAGCCUCUUUGGUACACAGAACCCAUCACAGAGUAUUUUGUACCUUUCAGCAGCAGACAAAGCAAGCUGGAAACAAAAUACCGAAGCAAGGUGGACUCUCCUGAUGGCUUCUCCCUGUCCACCAACUUGGAGAGGCUACCUGAGAGAAUACAAGGCAUCUGCUUUGCUGGUGAGAACUACCAGAGAACGUACCUAGCUGCAGGCUCAUUUGUAGAUGGGCACUUUGUAGAAGGGCCAGGUGAAGCAGAAGAUGAAUCUGCUGAAUUCACUGGGACCUCAAGCUGCCCUCAGCCAGAGGAUAAUAGAGAUUUAGAUGACGAGCAUCUGUCUGAAUUUACUCACUUCUAUGAAGUUGAUAUUUAUCAAUCCAUAUUGGAUACUAGUGCCUCAGACUCGAUACAAGAGAGUCGGAUCUUGAGCAUGAUUCGGCGGAAAAGCAAAGAGCAAAGAGACCUCGAGGCAGAAUGUUGUUUAGUGUUAGAUGGCCUUGAGCUGCAAGGGGAAAGUGCAAUAAGGGUAGACUCGCAAGAAGCUUCAGGAUCUGUUGGUUUCUUAAUGCAAGAUCUUGAGAACAUGGCUCAAGUCUGGGGAUGCUACUCACCCUCUAGCUCUGAAGAUAUCGACGGAGAAAGCUUCAUAGGAGACUCUCCUGUUCGGUGUUCCCCCCUUCUUGACAGUGUUUCGUUCACUCUGAGCAAGCUAUCUGGAAACCUGGAUGAGCCACAUCCUCCUGAAUCCACCAGUGAACCACCGGGUUUGAACUCAUCCUGCUUCUCUCUUUUUGAGCUACAGUAUGAUAGUCCCAGUUUUCCUUUUCCAUGCGACUCAGUCACCAUUGGUCAUGAAAACAACACAGAUUCAAGUAGCUGUCUUGAUCCGCAUUCUAAUAAACAGUCUCGUUUGCUAAUAUGGACCAAAAAUAGUGCCUUUGAUGAAACUGAACACUGUUCUAACCUGUCAACGCGAACCUGCAGUCCUUGGUCACAUUCGGAGGGGACGCGUUCAGACAAUGAGCAAGGAAAUGUUCAAACGGAGGAUCCUGCUCAUAUUGGUAGUGAAGAGAUUAAUUGUAUUAUUCCUCCUCUUGCUGGUAUUUAUCUAGAUGAUGAUAUCCUUGAUUUAUUUCAGGAGGAUACUGGCCUUCCGUGUGAGGAAGUCAGUGUUAGCACAGCGUCUAAUCGGACCUUCACCAAGAAAUCUAAGUUGGAAUCCAUUUGUGGCAUAGCAUUGGAAGAGGAUGAGAGUAAACAGUACAACACUGGCAUGUUUUCAGACAACACAAACCAAGAGAGUGAUGGUUACAGCUCAGGGAUAAUUAAGGACAUUUGGACUGCGAUAGGAGAUGGUGAUUCUGUGAUGUCACUGCAAGGAGCGGAAAAGCCAGCUGAGGGGCUCUUCUCAGAUGAGUCGAGCAAUUACCACUGUAGCUGUCUUGAGGUCCAGGCAGAAGGAGAUCCAGUUCAGGUACCUCAGAAAAAGGCAGUGCAGAGGUCAGAGUAUCACCUUUGGGAAGGCAAGAAAGAGGAGCAGGGUCUGGCCAAAAACAAGCUCUCAAAGACAGAUGGUGCAGGGGACUAUAUGACUCCGUCCAAGCCCUGGGAAAUAAACCCUGACAAGGACAAUACAUCAUUUAUCCUAGGAGGGGUAUAUGGAGAGCUGAAGACAUCAAGUGGCGAUAAGAGCUGGGCUGUUGUGCCGCCUCGUGAAACACGAGGAAACCUGUUGCAGUGUGCUGCUGCAGCCGCAUCCGCCUCCAGCUCAGAUAUGGUUACUAUCACUGGCACAGAUGUGUUCAUGAACACUGGUAGCUGCUUUGCCCCUGGGCAUAGGCCCCUAUGGAGGCCCCUUGUUUCCUUUGGGCAGAGCGACCAGGCAAUUAGAGGAGGGGGAGACAGACUGAAUAAGGGAUUUUCUUUCAUCUUCCAUGAAGAUUUACUUGGAUCCUACGGAAGCUUUCCCAGUGAGGAGCAAGCCUUAGGAUACCCGUUCACGUCCUUCAACCUAAACAAUCCCUUCUCCCAAGUCCUUCAUGUUGAGUGUUCUUUUGAGCCUGAAGACAUUGCUUCAUUCAGCCCAGGGUUCAAGCCUAAAUCUAUAUUGUGCUCGGACUCUGAGAAUGAAGCCCUUCAUCCGCGAAUAUAUGGCAUCAACAGGACGCAGUACAGGGCCAUCCGCAUCUCCCCCAGGACUCAUUUCCGACCGAUAUCAGCCUCAGAGCUCUCUCCUUGUGGGGGGAGUGAUUCAGAGGUUGAGUCUGACAAAGACGACAUGAGUUUUCCCGUCCUGGCUCCACUAGAUGUCUUUGAUGAUCCUCAGGCAGACCUCAAACCUUUGGAGGAAGAUGCAGAGUGUGAGGGCCCUUAUUACGGGAAGUCAGAACUGGAAUCUGGUAAAUUCUUACCCAGAUUAAAGAAGUCUGGCAUGGAGAAGAGUGCCCAGACCUCUCUGGAUUCACAGGAGGGUUCUAGUGCCCUCAUGCCAAUUGCUGAGCAAGAGGUUUGCUUGGACUGCAAAAAAGAGGGAGCCACAUUGGCUGCAAGAGGGCAGAUGGACAUCCCAGUUGGCAAGAUUCAGAAGGACGAUUUUCCAGGUGAAAAGGAGACCUGCUUAUGUGUACCAACGGGUCAGAUGCCCAAGUAUGGGGUUGCCUGUGACUUUGGAGAUGUUCCGGAGUUCCCUCUAUUGAACAUAAGUGAACAGGGAACUGUCCAGCAAGAUGUUUGCUGGUGGCAGAACACACUCUGUUCCCCCCCUUUCCCUGGAUCUCAGUGUACAGGGAGCAGCAACAUUUGAACGCUCCACUUUUAAAGAGGACACCCGUCGUUGAGAGGAAAGUGCAUCUCCUUUGUGUGACUGGACCUCUACCAGCAAAGAUUAGGGGUACCUCAGAGUUGAGACAUGUACCAUAGGCUACUGUUCUGAGGAGACACCCCCCCAAAAACCCACUCCUAACCCUGCUGAUUUUUAUUUACUAACUUAACCCUUGUGUAAUCAAAAAUCAGACCGACAAAAAAGUGAGUGAAAACUCAUGAAAUAGGUUCUCCAUGUCUUGGCACGAUGCUGAUUGUGGAGUUGCAUUUUUAGGUUUCUUUCAUUUGAUUCUUCUCCACAUUGGUCUUCAUUCAAGACUCGCAGUUAGGUAUAAGGGACAAUCUUCUGUUCUAUCUGUCAGUUUUCUUCCCAACUAAUUUGCUUUUGACUAGGAUACUGAUAGUUGGUGUUCGAAUGGUUGUGCAUGUGUGUUCGUCCAACUAGUCACAGCCCUCCUAGUUUAACCUGCAGCAGUGUCACCUACUUGUAUGCAGCAGUUCAUGAUGUUGUGUGGAACAACUGCUAUUGCGUCCUCUAUUUUCAGUUUUCUGUUCAUAAAGUCGGGAUAAAGCUUGCGAGGUUGUGUUUGAGUUGUACAGUAGAAGGGUGUGAGAGUUAAUUUACACGGCUCGGAUGCCUUUCUGAAUGUGAAGUAGAGAAUGUGUGCAGCUUUAUUCUAAAUUUUGUGAAUUCCCCAAGUGUGAUAAGCUAUUUUCAAUUAAUCUGAUUUUGAAUGGUGAUAGUCUUUCAAAAGCUAGUAGUAGACAUAGUCUGAUUUGUGAGGCAAAAAUUUAAAAAAAAUAAAUACACCAAAAAAAGGAAAUCAUAAGUUUUGUUGAUUUACAAAAAACAAAAAAAAAUACUAAAAAAUCUUUAAAUUGCAAUGCUGUAAUACAGCAAAGGAAGAAAAGUUUGCGUUUUGUGGGUAAAAAAAAAAACUACAGACAGCGAAGUGGUGCAUUUGAAUGACCCUUUUUAUUUCUACGGUACAAACAAUUGGUGCUACGAACACAAAUCUUAUAUAUUUUUUUUCUUUUGGAAGUUGCAGCUCCAUAUGAAGGCUGUUCUGAGUAGAUGCCUAGUUCUGUUUGUGGUCCGGUCGGGAUCCAUUAAUAGCUUGUGUGGAAAAGAAGAAAAAAAACGUUUGGCUGAUCACAGUUCCUGCCUAAUGAGGCUUGAUUUUCCUUUAAUAAAACUUUUAACUCCUUAGUCGUUGUGGGGCCUGUAACACAUCAGAACCUAAAAUACUUCCAGGUAUUUUGAUCACGUUUUCACACAUUUCUUUCAGUCGAUAGUUAAAGAGUCUCCAAGUAGGAAGUUAAAGGCGGCACUUGCUGAAAGUAGCUUUUUAUUUAACAGCCCAGAAGCAGCGAAGCAAGUGUGUAACCAGUCAAACAGACAUGAUUUCACUAAGGUACUUUUUUUUUUCUUUUUGAGGUGUUUUAUUUUUGUUUACAAUAUAGCCUGUCUCUGUGCGUGUGUGUGUGCGUGCGUGUGUGUGUGCGUGUGUGCGUGCGUUAAAUUUAUGAAGACACUGGUUUGGAAUGGGUGUGCCAGAACUUUAUCUCAGAAUUGUGAAUGUAUGGAAAACAUUCAUUUACAAAAUUAACACACAUUUACACAUAACUGCAUUUGUGUUAAAUUACAAGUGCACCUGGACAAAUUGGUAAUAUCAGAAAACCCCUUGUGUGUAGUCGGAUUAACUACUUUUUGUGGCCUGUGCAUUGAACCUUCAGUUUCAGUUAUUGCACCCCCAUGUCAGCAUUUCUUGUCGUUCAAGCCUCAGUUUACCAUUUCUCGCUUUUGCCCAUUUAACCCGGAACAGGCUGUUCAAAUGUCAAGGCACAUUUUGUCAGCAAUGGGCACAGACUUCCCAUAAUGCACUGUCGCAGGUGAAGGUGUCUCCAUUUUGAACAUCACAGCUGAAAUAAUCCCCUUAUUUAAUACUCUUGCGUGUUCUGUAAGCGUUUGAAUCUCAUGGCAGUUGGGGGUCUGUAGUGUCUGCCCCCCCCCCUAGCUAAAUAUUUUGAGUGUUGUGUCAACAUGAAUGAAAGGAAAUUCAGACUUCAGGGUUUCUCCCAUCUCUCUCUCUCUCUUUUUUUUUUUUUUUUUUUUGACAGUUGUCAGACACUCAGGAAUCCUUUAAUACAAGCAGACAACAGAACCUAAACACAUCUGUGACAGUGCAUUCAUGCAACAUCUUAAGCCGAUCACAGAGCCGAGCGGCGGCCGCUCACUUUUCUCAAAGUUAAUGAGAUGACUAUAAUUUUAGAGGUAGUUUUAGCGCAAACCAAGCCAUUGUAGAUUGCAUAAGCAAACGUGCCAGGGACAUCGAGGGUCCUCAACCCUAUGCAAUACUUUGGCACAUGUGGAUUUAAACACUCAAAGUGUAAAUGGAGAAAAACUCACUCAGUUUAUUUUGCAUGUACAUUACUUUUGAUCGAGAGACAGCUGAGAGGGAAAAGCGAAUGUCUCUAACAAAGUAGCAUGCAACCAUCACACUCCAUCUCUUUACGUUGGACCCUUUAUAAGAUUUUCUUUUUCUCAGUGCAAGAGGUUAAAAGCGGUGAUUGACAGGAAACAUUUGUGACUGAGUGUGCAUCUGGGGUUGUGUGUAUAUCUGUUUUGUGAACGUGUGUAAGACACUUGGUCACAAAAGGAACUCGGAUGAGAGUCGAAUGGAGUGCAUCACACCUCUCACCCCAUUUUCUUCUUCCGUCGUUGGGAUGUGCUUUAAAAACACGUCUGGCGAGGCAGUGCGUUGGGUGAGGAUAUGCGUUAGGACGGACGUUGAAGGGCUCUGUAAACAGCGUGGAGUUUUGAUUGCACUGUGGUCUGAAGAACAUAUCCUGCACUGAAAACUUUUGAGUUUUCCUCGUCUUUUCAUUCCGUAGAUGAUCCCCUUUCACCCCCCCCUCCCCUCCCCCCCGUCAAUCUCCAUCUGUCCCAAGAUGUUCUGAUUUCAUGUACACCUUGAGUAAAUUAUUUUGUUUCAUUGUGGAGUUUCUUAACAUCUAAUAAAGGA